UCAGUGAAGUUAUGAUGGUCCGCAGGGCUCAGAGGGGCAGUGAAUGUAAGAAGUGCUUCUAUUGGACAGUAGACCUGCUUGUCCCUGCGUGAAACCUGAGAUUCAAUUGGACCUGGUCCUGCAGUGAAAUUAGAAAGAGCGAAGCAGGGGGAGGGAGGGGCCGAGGGGAUGUCCCACUCAGGACAGUUGUGAAGGAUCUUUGCUCUCAGCAUCAGUGACCCAUCUUGUCAUACAGCUGCGACGAGUCAACAUGGCUUCUCCGAGGCAUUUCGGCCGAGGGUCCGUGGACAUAGCUAAUGUGAUGCAAAAACUGCAGGAUGAGCAAGAGGCGGUGCAGAAGAGGACAUUCACGAAAUGGAUCAAUUCUCAUUUAGCCAAGCAUAAACCGCCACUAGAGGUUAACGACCUUUUUGAGGACAUCAAAGAUGGGGUGAAACUCUUGGCUCUGUUGGAGGUCCUGUCUGGCCAAAGACUUCCCUGCGAGCAAGGCCGCCAGCUGAAGAGGAUCCACUGGGUUUCCAACAUCGGCACUGCACUUAAAUUCCUCGAAGGCAGGAAGAUCAAACUUGUUAACAUUCACGCCACUGACAUCGCAGAUGGACGACCAUCAAUUGUCCUUGGGUUGAUAUGGACCAUUAUCCUCUACUUCCAGAUUGAGGAGCUAACCAGCAACCUGCCAGCCCUCCAGGCCCUAUCCAACAGCAACUCUUCUGUGGAAAGCAUACCCAACUCUGAAACAGGAAGCCCUCCCAUGAAGAGGAAGGUGGUUAACAAAUUUCAGGGCAAUGCCAAGAAGGCCCUGCUCAGAUGGGUGCAGUGCACAGCAGCCAAGUAUCAUGGAAUUGAGGUGAAGGACUUCGGUCCCAGCUGGCGCGAUGGCGUUGCCUUCCAGACGGUGGUGCACGCCAUCAGGCCAGACCUCGUGGACAUGGAGGUGGUACGGCGGCGAAGCAACAAGGAGAAUUUGGAGGAGGCAUUUGCACUGGCAGAAAACGAGCUGGGCAUUCCCCGUCUGCUGGAUCCAGAAGAUGUGGAUGUAGACAAGCCAGAUGAGAAAUCCAUCAUGACAUAUGUGGCUCAGUUUCUCAAGCACUACCCAAACCCACACCAUUCUGAAACAGAUGGGCAGCAGGAUGAGCUGCUUCUUGGCUCAAUUCCAACUUUUGCACUGUCAGUGCCAGUACUUCAGAGAGAGGAGCGGAAGAUGCUGAGAGAGCUGAAGGUGUUUUUAGAUCAGCUGGAGAGAGAUGUGCUGCGAGCCCAAGGAGCCGAGGGAAACCUCACUGACAAAUAUCAGGCUUUCAAGAGCUUCCGUGUACAGUAUGAAAUGAAGAAAAAGCAGACAGAUCCACUGUUACAGCCGGUUAACAAGGAUGGCAAGCUCUCUGUGGAUCAAGCUCUGGUCAAGCAGGCCUGGGACCGUGUGUCUGCCAGGCUGCUGGACUGGCACAUCCAUCUGGACAAGUCCCUGCCUGGUCCUCUGGGAGUGAUUGGGGCCUGGCUUCACAGAGCAGAGAUGGCUCUGAGAGAGGACAUUCCCAUCCAGCAUGCUCAUGAGGAGACAGCCAAUGUUCUUCACAGAAAACUAGAGCAGCAUAAAGAGGUGUUAAAAAACUUGGAAUCACACCGGCAGCCCUUCCAGCAGAUACACAGGGACAGAUCAGUAAAUGGAGUGCCUGUCCCACCUGAACAGCUUCAAGAUAUGGCAGAACGGUUCAACUUUGUGUCUACGUCGUCACACGCUCACUUAAUCAAACUGGAAUUCUGGGAAAUGAAGUAUCGACUGAUGGCGUUUCUGAUGCUGGCUGAGUCAAAGCUCAAGUCCUGGAUCAUUAAAUACGGCCGACGGGAUUCAGUUGAACUCCUGUUGCAAAGCUACCUUACUUUCAUUGAAGGCCACAGAUUUUUUGAGCAGUAUGAGAUAAUCUUCACAUCCCUCAAACAAGCUGCAGAGGUUUAUGUUAAGUCUGACAGCUCAAGGUCUAAGACCUGUAACAAAGUUGAUGAAGCAGAGGGGGUGAGUAAAUUCCUCAGUGAUACUACAGCUCAGUGGAAGAACCUGGCUCUGGAGGUGCGGAGCGUUCGCAGCAUGCUGGAGGAGGUCAUCGCUAACUGGGAGAAGUAUAGUGGCACAGUGGCAUCUCUGCAGGCCUGGCUAGAAGACGCUGAGCAGAUGCUCAACCAGUCAGAGAAUGCCAAACGUGAUUUCUUCAGAAACCUUUCUCACUGGAUUCAGCAGCACAUGGACAUGAAUGAUGCUGGCAACUUCCUCAUUGAGACAUGUGACGACACGGUCUCACGGGAUCUGAAGCAGCAGCUUCUGCUGCUGAACGGGAGAUGGAGGGAGCUGUUUGUCAAAGUCAAACAUUAUGCAAGAGCAGAUGAGGUCGACAAGCUAAGACAAGACUACCAGGAUGGGAUUAAUACCUUGAAAAUGUUCAUGGAUGCAACCAAUGAGAAGAUGACUGCUCCUGUCCAAGUAUCUUUCCUCAACGUCAGAGCCUUUUCUCAAGAUGUUGAGGAAAUCAAGCACAAAGUGCCAGCUAUGGAAGCAGCCUGUAAGGCAGCCAGCCGUACAGCUCAGCUGUUGACCAAAGACACGCCACAAGAGGAAGUUUCACAGAUGAUGGCUGUGAUGGCUUCGAUCAAAGAGCAGCUGAGUAAGAUAAGAGAAAGAUGUUUGCCUCUGCUGAGGGAGUCUCAGUCUCUUUUACCUCCACUGGAGGAAAUGGAGAAGAACAUCACAGGCUUCUACCAAGCUCUGGAGAAGGCUAGUCAUAUCACCAGCAGCCCUGACUCUGAGGGACCAGUAGACUUCAAGCAGAAAUGCCAGGAGCUGGCGACCUUCACUCACAGCUGUAAGAAGUGUCUGACAGUAAUAGAGAGAAACCACCAAACCAUCCAAAAAACAAUGAACAGCAGCAAAACCCUCCAGCACAUGGACAUGAGUCUUCUGCAGAAACGAGUGGCAGACUUGCAAACCUCCUCACAGAACAUGAUCAAGGAAUCCACAGAGUGGCGAAAACACGUGGAGGCAAACAGCUGCCUUAUGAAAAGAUUUGAUGAGUCACGGGUAGAGCUGGAGAAGGUUCUUAAAAUGGCGCAGAAUUGUCUGACAGAAAGAGGCAACCCAGAGGAGCUGCUCAAGAAACACACAGAAUUCUUUGGACAGCUCGACCAGCGGGUCUUGAAUACAUUCCUCAAGGCUUGUGAUGAGCUGACGGAUAUUUUGCCGGAGCAGGAGCAGCAGUCACUGCAGGAAACUGUCAGGAAGCUGCAUAAACACUGGAAGGACAUUCAGACAAACUCCCCCUUUCACCUCCUGCACCUGAAAGUGGAGGUGGAGAGGAGCAAGCUGAUGUUGUCCCUGCAGGAGUGCCAGGCAGAGGUGACCAGGGAAAACCGCCACCUGGCCAGCAUGGGGAGCGAGAGGCUCAUCAAGGAGCACAGGGCCUUCUUUAGGGAAAAGGGCCCCCACUCCAUAUGCGAGAAAAGGCUGCAGCUGAUGGAGGAACUUUGUCAAAAGCUCCCUGAGGGCGACCCAGCUCACCAAACCUUGGAAACGGCGAGGAAGGACUUCGCUGAUGUCCGGGAGGAAAUCGAAAGCACCCAUCAGAAGCUAAUGCAGCACCCAGAUAAAUGGAAGGACUACAAUGCAAGGUACGCUGAGCUCUCUUGCUGGCUUAUAUCUAAAGAAAGCCAACUGAGGCUGCUGAGGAACCGAGCCAACGAUCCCAGAAAAUAUGGGCAAGUGAAGGCGACCAUCACAGAGCUGAGAAAUGACGCAGAGCUGCAGGAGGGGAAUCUCGGCUGGCUGAAAGCCCGUAUGGCCGUACUGAUCGAAAUCUGUGCUGACAGCGAUGCCCAGAGGCAAGGAAGUGCACUGAGCAAGCUCUCCACUGAUUUUAAGGGUCUUCUAGCUUCUCUCAUCGAGGCUGAGAAGAUGGUGCUGGCAGUUGGGGAUUGUGUACAAUUCAGGGAAGAGGUACAAACUACUUUGGAUGACCUCGUUCAGGGCCAGAAAGAAGCUCAGGCUGAAGUUACCAAAAUACUGGACUGUUCAACUGCUAGAGAAGCCCAACAGCUGCUGCUUGUCCACCAGCAACUGUUAAAAAGGCUGAAGCCGAAGAGAAAGGACGUCCAGCAGCUGAUCACCAGAGGCCAGCAGCUCCAGGCUGAGGAGGGACUGGGCGAGACUCUGCAGCAGGACCUGCAGAGCUUAGAGAACACACUCAGCAAAAUGGAACAGAAUAUGGAUUCACAGGAGCAAAGCCUCGAGGUCACACUGGCAGCUUGGCAGGAGUUUGACAGCCAACAAGAAGCAGUGCACGAGUUUGUCAACAAAGCUCGCUCAACAAUGGAGAGAGACCUGAACUUCAGCAGUCCAGAGAGCCUGGCGGUUGAACUCGACCAGGCCAGAGUGCUGCUGAAGCAGUGCGAAGCCGAGGCCUUGCACAUGAACACGUUGCUGAAGAGAGCAACGGAAAUCCAGCUUGGUCCGAAAAACAAGACUCUGCUCUCACAACAAGCUCGUUCCCUCAGUGAGCAAGUGGACAAAGUGGAGGCUGGGCUGAAAAAAGAUGUGAAGACUCUAGAAGAAAUGAAAGAUCAGUGGGAUCGUUUCGGAGCUGGAUUUGAAGCCUUUUCCUUGUGGAUAUCUGACAAGGAAAAGCAGCUGGAAAUGAUGAAAUCUUCUACGUUGCCUCUUGCGGAACAGAUCAGCACAGUCAAGGCUGUUGGGACGGAGCUUCAAGACCGAGCUCAGGUUCUUUCUCAGCUGGAGACAGACUCCCAGGCACUGGCCCAGUUUGUGUCGUCAGGGGAGGCGGCUCGCAUCAAGGCCCGUCUAACCCAAAUCGGCAGGUACUGGGAGGAGCUGAAGGAGAGCGUGCAGCAGCUUGAUGGACAGCUGGAGGAAAGCUCCUCUCACCAGCAGAAGUUCAAAAUGAACCUGGAGGAGGCUCAAGCAUCUCUUGGUGAACUACGUACAAAACUGGAGGAUCCCAUCAAAUCCUGCACUUCCUCAUCAGAGACCUACAAAGCUCUGCAAACCCACAUGGAUGUCUGUCAGUGUCUGGAGAGGCUGAAGGGAACCUUGCUGUCGCUGUCAGCUGGCGCCCGACGACUCAGUGACAAAGAGCAAGCAGAGAGGACGGUGACAGUGCUAAACACCAGCUAUGACCAAAACGUACAGGAGGCAAAGGACAAACAGAGCACUUUGGAGAACCUGCUGUCUCUCUGGCAAAAGUAUGAGAAACAGCGCUCAAACUUGCUUUCUUGCCUCGAGAGAAGUGAGUCUACAUCCAAACCAGAAAGUCGGUGUCUGUCAGCUGAUAAGGCCAAGCUACGCAGCGAGAUGCAGGAUCUGCAGGCACUACACUCAGAGGUCCAGUCCCUUGAGAGGGCUCAUGCUGAGUUGGUAUCUCUUGGGACAUCGCUGUAUCCCACUGCACCUGAUCAGAGAGUCAGUCAGCUUAAAGAUGAGCUUGAGACCCUGAAGAAGAGAUUACAUGUCCAAAAUGAAGUCCUCCCUCAAAGAUUCAAAGAGGUUCAGAGCCACCUUUCUCUGGUGGAGCAGUUUGACCAGGCUCUGAUCAAAUUCUCUCAGUGGAGUGAAACCAUGCUCUCAAAUCUGCACUCAGCUUCUCAAAUCAACAUUAACAACCUGCAGUCUGCCGCCACACAAGUAAAGGAGACCCAGGUGGCCCUACAGAAGCAGUCCAGUGUGAGACAGAGCUUGGAGCAGCAGACCGAGAAGCUCUGUCAGUUCUGUGAGCCUGGCGAUGCUCAGCUCCUCCGCAGCAGAGCAGACAGCUGCCUGCAGCCCUACCUGGAGGCCAGGCAGUUAGCUGAGCUCCAGUUAGAGUGCCUGGAAAGACUCGAGGCUUUUUUGCAGUCCCACGGUGUGGCGGCUGGAGUGUUGCGCGGUCUGAGACAGACAGUGGAAAGUGCUGGGAGCUGGGAUCGUGGACGAGUCGAGGAGCUGCAGCAGGAGCUGGCCACUGUUGUUCCAGACAUUACUCAGCUGGAGACUCUCGCCAUCAAUCUGGACAGCAGUCUCUGCAAAAGUCACCUCCACAUCGGUGCUGAUGAGGGUUCUCGUAAGACAUGCCGCAUGCUGGCUGAUGCGCUCAGUGCUGAGCUGGAUGCUGUGAGGAACUUGCUUGGUACUAAACAGAGUGAAGCAGAAGCCCUGGGGGCUCUGUGGACUUCAUUUAGACAGCGGAAAGAACAGCUGCUCAAAGCGGUGGAAGAUAUUGAAGAAAAAGCCGACCACCAGAGCUUUAAAGAGCCCAGCCUUCAUGCUGUACAGCAGAGACUUCGCUUCUUUAAUCAACUGGAGGAUGAACUCCAAUCCCAUCAGCACGAGGAGCAGUGGCUGAGGGACAAAGGCAACCAGCUGGCCCAGAGAGAUGCAGAGCUGGCUGGGGAGGUACUGAGAGAAAUCAGCCUGCUGGAGACUACAUGGGAGGACACCAAGAAGCUCAUCACAGAGAGACAGGACCAGUGCAAUAUUCUUGCCGAGCUUAUGAGAGAAUACCAAAUCCUGAAAGCCUCCAUCAGCAGCAUUAUUGAGAGUGCUGAACCUCUGGUUGAGAUAAACUCUGUUCUGAAGGACCACGAGGAAACCAAGAGAUCACUGACCAAGCAUGAAGGCGUAAAGGUGGAGAUGGCCAGCAAGCAUCAUGAGCUGGAUCAGUUUUCCAGCAAAGGAAAACAGCUGGUGAUUGAACUGAAGAAGAUCCCUGAGUGUGACUUUCAAAUGAUGAAGAAGGACAUGGAGACACUUGUUGAUCAGUGGCUGGACGUGUCUGAGAAGAUCGAUGACAACAUUGUUUGCCUGAACCAGAGUUUGGCACUGUGGGAUGAUGUACGGAAAAUCAACGAAGACAUCGAGGGCUGGACGAGCAGCUGUGUGAUUGAACUGAAUGAAAGCCUGAACAACCUGAACAACAGUCAGAAGGUGUCAGGAAGGCUUUCAGUGUUACAGGCAGAAAUGGGCGAGAAGGAGCAGAAACUUGAAACCCUGCAAAGCAGAGUGUCAGAGCUGAAGAAGUGCAGUCAAAGUCAAGAGACUCCUGCCAAACUGCAGGUUUUGGAGAAUGACCUGCGAAAGAAGAUCAACACAGUUCAGAAGCUACAUGAGCAGGCCAGGGGAAACCUCAUGGACUUCAGCUCCCAAAGGAAACAGCUGGAGGACUACAUCUCACAGAUGUCUGCAUGGCUGAAAAGCAUGGAAGACUCUCUGGUUUCAUCUCCGACUGGAUCAGAUCCUGAGGACAUAUGCAGAGUGAAGGACCUUCAGAAAGAGCUGCAAAAUCAGCAGGGGAGUAUUGACUCUACCAGGGAAAGCCUCAACACACUGUGUAGAAAAUAUCCCUCCGAGGAGCUGGCUGGUCUGGGUUCAGCUCUCACUGACCUCAUCAAGACUUAUGAAUCUGUGAACCAGCUUUCUGCCAGGACGCUGGUCUCACUGCAGAACUGUCUACAGCAGCAGUUCAAUGACCUAGUUCAGGAGUUCCACCGCUGGCUUUCAGAACAGAGAGAGAUAGUGAAGGAAUGCUCUGAUCGCUCAGGAGACACUCAGAUUGUGGAACGCAAACUACAAAAACUAAAGGGUGCCAUGGAUCGCGUGGAGGAGGGUGAGGUACGCCUUACUCAGGUCUGUGAAGAAGGAGAGAAGCUGCUACUUCAUCUUCCCAAAGCCAGUGCUGGGCAGGUCCAGCAGCACCUGUCCUCCAUCCAGCAGGACUGGGACAGCUUUGUGGAGCAGUGCAGACAGAACCAGCAGAUCCUGGAGGACAGUGCAUCCCUCAUGAAGGGGUUUGAAGGUCGCCUCAAGAAGCUCAGGUGGUGGUUGGAACACAUGGAAAAGAGAAUGACCACAGAUCUCCUGGAGGCCAAACAACGAGGACCUGAGAAGGCUGUGCUCGAGCAAGUGGAGGAAUAUCAGCAGGAGGUGCUCAAAGAAAGGGACUCCUUCGAGCGUCUCUGUCAGGAGGGCCAGGCGCUGAACGAAGGUGGGCGAGGCGAUGGGAGUGAAACUAGAGUGUCAGCUCAGCUGCAGUCGCAGCACCAGGCCCUGCAGAGGCGUGUGAGAGAGAGGCUGCGCAGCUGCCAGCUCACUUUACAGGAGCAACAAGCCUUUGAAGACACGCUGCAGACUACCUGGAUCUGGCUUAAUGGUGUUCAGGAGCGUCUGGCUUCACUCAACAGCACAGUUGGCAAUAAAGAGACUCUGGAGAAAAGACUAGGUCUUGUGCAGGAUAUCCUGCUAAUGAAAGGUGAAGGUGAGGUAAAGCUCAACAUGACAGUAGGAAAAGGAGAACAGGUCCUAAAGCACAACAGGAUGGAAGGGCAGGAGGCUAUUUGUUCACAGCUCCAGAACCUGAAGGAUGCCUGGGCCAAUAUGUUGAUGACUUCUAUGAGCUGCCACAGUCGUCUGGAGUGGACAGUGGCCCAGUGGACCAGCUUUCAGGAAAAUAAGAGCCAGAUGCAGCAGUGGAUGGAGUCAGUGGAGCAGGAGGUGGGGAUGACGCUACCUCAGCAACCGGGCCUCAAAGAGAAAUCUGCUUUUCUGGAGCGCCUCAGGGCCAUCCAGGCUGAUGUGGACGCUCAUGCAACAGCACUGUCACGUCUAACGGACAAAGCAGUGGAGAUGCAUGAAAAAACUGGCGACCAGACGUUUGGACCAGAGUCAAGGGCGGAGCUCAAUGCACACUUUGCCGAUAUCUCAGCUGUCGUCAAGGGUAAAGUGCAGUCCAUGCAAAACAUUGUAUCUGAACAUGAGCAGUAUCUUGAUGCUGUGAGAGACUUCAAUGACUGGCUGGUUUCAGCAAAAGAGGAGCUUCAGCGCUGGUCUGACCUUUCAGGAGACUCAGUUUCCAUCAAAAGAAAGCUCUCCAAAGUGCAGGAGUUGCUCGACUCUAAGCAGCGAGGCAGAGAGAGGCUGAACCGGGUUCAAAGAUGUGGAGCAGUGGCGAGAGAUUACACUGGCUCAGGGGGUUACGAGGCCUUGGAGCGAGAAGAAGCAGCCCUCUUGUCGUCAUGGGAUCAGUGGGAACGUGGGGCGCUGCAGACGCGAGCUAGUCUGGAGACUACGCUCUCACAGAUAGCCAGUUCUGAGCAAGAGUUCAGCAGCCUGUCAGUACAACUGGAGCAGGACCUGCAGGACUUCAACCGCCAGCUGAAGUCCUGGCGACUGCGACUAAACCAAGUGGAGGGUAAAAAUGAUGGAGAGGAAGCUGUUAAAGGCUGGCAGAUAGCAAAGGACACUUUGGAGGAACUUGUCAAAGCUGAGCCCACGUCUGAUAGUCUGAAGACCCAACUCAAUGAUCUGUGCCGGUUCUCCAGAGAAAUGGGAACGCAGUCUGAGAGAGUGUCUGCUCUCAUUAAGGAAUACAACAGUCUGAGUCUCCAAGCGUCCAGAGAGUGCCACAGCAAAGAGAAGCUGCUGGAACAAGGGUUCCGCUCAGCCUUCAGAGAGUUCCAGCAAUGGUUGGUCAAUGCCAAGAUCAACACAGCCAAGUGCUUUGACGUACCUCAAAAUGUCAACGAGGCCGCAUCUAGUUUGCAGAAGAUUCAGGAGUUUAUAAGCGACAGAGAGCAGGGUCAGUCAAAGGUGAAUGCGGUGGUUGUGAACGGCGAACUUGUCUCUAGCAUCGCAGCUAAAGACAAAGUUGACGCAGUUCGGGCUAAAAUGAACACUGCUAGAGACGACUGGAAAAACAUCAUGUCUAAUCUGCACAACAGAGAGACAAAUCUGCAAAACCUUUUGUCUCAAAUGAAGGACUUUGAGGCCAGUGCGGAGCCUCUUCAGGAGUGCCUGAAUGCCACAGAGCUGGCUGUGCAGGAAAGCAGCACAAGACUUCAUGAUCUCACAGCCAAAAAGCUCGAGCUUCAAAAGCUGCAGGAGAAGGCGUCCCGGAUCGAUCGGAUAGUCACCGAGCACCAACUUUUCUCCCAAGGGUUAAAGGAGCUGCAGAACUGGGUGGCUGACACCAGUCAUAUGCUGCAGACGUACUGCGCCCCCACCGCUGACAAAAACGUUCUUGACAGCAGGAUGAUCAAGCUUGAGGCCUUGCUGACCGCUCGUCAGGAGAAGGAGAUCCAGCUGAAGAUGUUGAUCACAAGAGGAGAGUCAGUUCAGAGAAACACCUCCGCUGACGGAGUGCCUGUGGUCCAAAAACAAAUACAGGACCUAAAGGAUUCAUGGGAUGCCCUGCUCUCUGCUUCUAUUCAAUGCAAAAGUCAGCUGGAGGGUUCGCUGUCUCAGUGGACCAGUUACCAGGAGGAUGUACGCCAGUUUGUGGCCUGGGUUGACCGUGUGGAAGAGAGUCUUGAUCCUACUGAUAAGCAGUGCUCAGAGAUGAGAGAUAAAACUGCUAAUCUGAGCAAAGCCAAGUUGCUGUAUGAAGAAGUUCUCAGUCACACCAGCCUGCUGGACACCAUCACUGCAAAAAGUGCUGGUAUUACUGAGAACUAUGUCACUCAGCUGGAGCUGCAAGACCUGCAGGAGCGCUAUAACACUAUCAAAGACAACGCUAUGAGGGCAGUAGGAAAAGCAGAGGAGCUGGUGAAAGCCCAUCAAGAGUAUCAGCGGGGCCUUCAUGCAUUUGAAGAGUGGCUUGAAGAGGAACAAGAGAAGCUUGGCUGUUACACCCAGCUCGAGGGGGAUGUUGAUAUGUUGGAGGAGACUCUCCAAAAGCUGCAGGAGCUACAGCUGCACUGCACAGAGGGCCAGGCUUUGCUAAACACCAUACUGGUCAGUCGAGAGCUGGUCAUCCCCUGGGGUCUGCCUCAGAUAGAAGACAGAGCACUGGAAACACUUCAGCAGGAGUGGAGGCUCUACCAGGCUCGGCUGGCCGACACCCGAGCUCAGCUCAACAGCGCUCUGGCCAAACUCCGGCAGAUGGAGCAGAAGUUCCAGCGUCUUGACAGCUGGCUAAAGGGCAUGGAGACAAAAGCACAACUGCGUAGUCAUCGGCGGUCUGAUCGCACCACCAAAGAUGCUCAACUUCAGCUGAUAAAGAGCUGGCAGGAGGAAGUGCUGGUUUAUCAAGAGGAGAUGGAGGGCCUCAGUCUUUUGGCUCAGCAAGUUUUGGACGAGACACAUAUUAGCAGCCGAAUCUGCAGCAGAGCCACCCAGAUCACAGCUCGAUACCACGCACUGCUUCUGCAUUUACUGGAGACCAUUAAACAACUCCAAGAGGAGGUGUCCUGCAUUGAAGAGGCUCAAUGUGUCUUCACCACCUUCUCAGACUGGCUCAGCUCAGCUCAGAAUAACUUCAGCACCGUGGCUAUAAGUGUUGAUAUAGUGGACCGCUUUGCCAUGGAGAGAAAGAUGAAGAAACUGGAGGCUCUUCAGGCUGACAUGGAGCAGGCCCACACUUACCUGAAGGCAAUGAGGGAGAAGACAGAGCGAGCCAUGGCGUUCUUGGAGGAACCUGAAGCAGAGCAGCUCAAGGAAGAAGUGGACACUCGACUCUUCCUGCUAGAGGAGUUAAUGACAGCUCUGCGCACAGAGCAUAGCUCCCUCGAGAAAUGCAUCUCACUCUCCAAAGACUUUAUGGAUAAAUACAAGGCGCAGGCCCAGUGGGUGAUGGAGACCAAGAACCUUUUAGCCUCAAGUGUAGAGCCUAAAGCUGAACUCUACCAGAAGAAGGCUCAGCUAGCAAAAUAUAAGACAAUCCAGCAGACAGUGCAGUCUCAUGAGUCAGCAGUAAAAUCUGUCAUUGAGAAAGGAGAGGCGCUGCUCGACACAGUGAAUGACCCAACUAUCAGUGAAAACAUGAAACGGCUGCAGGCUGACUACCAAGACCUCUGUUUGGCUGCUAAGACACAGGUCCAGAACCUUGUGGAGUGGGUGAAGGAACACGAGGAUUACAACAGUGAACUGCAAGAAGUUGAGAAAUGGCUUUUACAGAUGUCCAGUAGGCUGGUGACCUCAGACUCCAUGCAGACCAGCAGCAUGGAGAUGGCCACUCAGCAGCUUGCCCGUCAUAAGGCAAUAAUGGAGGAGAUAGCCAGUUUUGAGGAGCGUCUUACCAGCUUGAAGCAGAAAGGAGAAGGUCUUGUUGCCAGCUGUACAGACCAAGUUCAAGCUAAGAUCAGCCAACAAGUCCAGGCUCACCAACAGGGAACCAGAGAUAGCUAUUCUGCUAUCUGCAGCACUGCGCAACGUGUCUACCAGAGUCUGGACCGGGAGUUGCAGAAACAUGUUAAUCAUCAGGACACUCUCCAGCAGUGCCAGACCUGGCUCUCCACAGUACAAGAGGAGCUUCAGCUCAAUGAUCAGGGACCAUCUGGUCUGCAGGAAGCACUGAAGCAGGUUAAGCACUACAGAGCCCUUCAGGAGCAGGCGAGCACUUACCUGGACCUGGUGUGUUCUGUGUGUGACCUGUCUGAUGAUGCUGUAAGAGUGACGGCUGCUAAAGUCCAGCAGAUCAAACUUACGAUAGAGGAAAGGAUGUCCAGUGCUCAGGAGCUUUCAGAGGGCUGGAGAGAGAUCAAAGAACAAAAACAAGAUCUAACGAGCCUGUUCCAGGACAUGGAGCAGCAGCUUCUCAGUCUGUCCAGAAGACCAGCAGAGCUGGAGACCAAGAUAGCACAAAACAUGCUGUCACAAGCCAAGGAAUGCAGCCAGCAACUGCAGUCUAAACAGAGUAUCCUGACCAAGAUGACCGAGACUGUGAGCAGAUUGACUGGUGGCCAGGACUCUCCGGAACAUGCAGAGCUCGACCGUCUGAGCAAUUCCUGGCUGGAGCUUUGUCACCAGGCCAACAAGCUGCAGAGCCAGAGAGAGGAGGAUCUGCAGAGAUCUAAAGAAUAUCACGACUGUAUUGCUGCAGUGGAGGUGCUGUUUGAGCAGGUGUCCAAAGAGUGGGACAAUCUGGCCAGAACGGAUGCCGAAAGUUCAUCUCAGCAUUUGGAGGCAUUGCGGAAACUUGCAGUAACUCUCGAAGAACAAAAAGGAGUUCUUGAAGACCUCAAGGACCAGAAGCAGAAAGUCAUCCAGCAUCUGAACUUGGAUGACAAAGAGCUGGUAAAAGAGCAAAUCAGCCACUUUGAGCAGAGAUGGUCCCAGAUGCAAAACCUAAUUGAAAGAAAGAUCCAGGACUCAGUGGUGACCCUGGAAGAUAUGGGUCAGGUGGAGGCCCGUCUGAGAGAGGCUCGGGACUGGGCAGAGGAGCAGCAGCCUGCCCUGUCUGAAGCCAUGAAAAUGAGCCCUCCACCUGAGCUGGCUCAGAGCUUCCUGUUUGACCACCUGAGCAUCUGCAGUGAGCUGGAGGCCAAGCAGCUCCUCCUGGCCCAGGCCAUGGCAGAUGCUGACAGGGUGCUAGCCCGGCUCGGCCUCAGCGAACGGCAUCACCUUCAGCAGCUGAUUUCUGACACGCAAUCUGAGGUGGAAUCUCUGAGUGUAAAAGUGGUGCAGCGCAGAAAACACCUGAGCAAGGCUUUUACAGAGAGGACGCAGUUCCUGAUGGCUGUGAGUCAGUCCAUCUCCUGGGUCCAGCAGAAUGAGAAGAAGGCCCAAUCAGAGGAGUAUAUUGCUCUGUUACCUGAUGAUUUAGCCAAGCAGGUCCGAACAUGCAGGAACAUACAAAGCAGUCUGAAAGCCUAUCAGAGUGAGCUGACCUCCUUGUGGUCUCAGGGCAGAGACCUGAUGAGGGAUGCCAGCGAGGAAGAAAGGACUGAGAUUCUCACAAAGUUGCAGGAGUUGCAAAAUAUCUUUGACAAAACACUGCACAGGUGUGGCCAAAAACUUCAGGAGCUUGAAAAAGUGCUUGUUUCUCGAAAGUAUUUCAAGACUGAUCUAGAGAAAAUAUGCCUGUGGAUAAAACAAGCCGAUAUAGUCACCUUUCCUGAAAUAAAUCUAAUGGUUGGAGAUGCUGAAUUGGAAGCGCAGCUAAUGAAGUAUCAACAGAUAGUUGAGCAGGCAAUUGAAUAUGAGAACCUCCUCCUCAUUGUACAAAGAGCUGGCCAGGAAGUGUUGCCCACUCUGAAUGAAGUAGACCACUGCUAUUUGGACGAAAAACUCAACACCCUCCCUCAGCAAUAUAAUAGCAUAUUAGCAUUAGCCAAGGAGAAACAGGAGAAAAUCCAGCAGGCCAUUCUCACAAGGAACGAGUACACGUCAUUCAUAGAUGUCACUCACAAAGCACUGAAAGAGCUCGAAGAACAGUUCAACAGUCUGGGGACGCAGCCUGUAGGCUUGCAAACAGAAGAGGUUCUCAGUUUGCAGAGUGAUUACAAAGCAAUUCAGACCGAUCUCAGCAACCUGGGCCUAGCCGUGAGUGAACUGAACCAAAAGAAAGAGGGAUUCCGUAGCACCGGGCAACCGUGGCGCCCAGAGGAAAUGACCCAACUUGUGAGCCUGUACAAUGGACUAAAGAGGUUGGUAGAACAGAAAGUAGAGCAUUUGGAUGAAACGUUGGAGUCAUUUGAGGACCACAAGGCGAUGGCUAUGCAGGUUGACUUUGAGUUAAAGGCCACAAAGGAGCAGCUGGUCAAAGUGAACGCAGAGACGCAGUCGGCCGAGGAGAGGCUGAAGAACUACCACGCUCUGGCGGGAAGUCUCCAGAGUGCCAACUCUCACUUGUCGAGGCUCAUGGAGCAGAUGGACACUCUGGCUCCACGUGUGGAACAAGCCGCCCAUGACGCCUCGAAAGAGCAAGUGGUCCUGUGGCAAGAUGAGCUGCGAUCCUUACAGGCUGCCGUAGGGGAGCUGAUUGAAGAAUGUGAGACCAGGUUUAUCCAAAGUAAAGACUUUGAGACGGAGAUGAAAAGGACGCUGGACUGGCUGCAGCAGGUCAGGGAUGAACUGGGCUGUGCCGUGAUCGUGGAUGUGAGAGUGGAGAAGGUGCAGGAGGAGAUCAGGAAGCAGCAAAUCAUGCAAGAAGAAGUGCAGUCCAGACUGAGAAUCGUGGCUGCUCUGAGUAGCAGGGAAAAACAGGAGUAUGUCACUGCCAAUGAGCUCGUCCCAACCCACGUAGAUACAAGCCUGGAGGAAAUGGCAAAGCUGCAAGCAGACGUUCAGAAAGCACUGAGCUCCAAACAGAUUACUCUGGAGGAAGCCUUGGUGCUGUGUCAGAAAUACCACUUCAGGAUGCAGUCAGCCUGUGAGUGGCUGGAGGAUGCUGUGUCUUUCCUGCAACAAGCUAGCUUAGGCGUGGAUGUAGAGAACUAUGAGGAGUGCCUCAGACAGCAGGGAGACAUCAUGGCCACCGAGCAGGAGUUUCUCAUCCACUUGGAGGAGCUGCAGACGCUGCUCCCUCAGCUGGAGAACGUGGUCAACCCUACAGCUAAAGAGCAGCUUCGGGUGAGCGUGGAGUCGGCAAAGCAGAGAGGUGUGGAGGUUCGAGAUCAGCUCCAGUGUCACCAGGACGUCCUUCACAGCUGUGUGGCCCAGUGGAAGACAUAUCAGGAGGCAAGGCAGACUGUCAUUGAGCUUAUGAAUGAAGCUGAAAAGAAGCUGACUGAAUUCUCGACUGCAAAGGCAGCCACAAGCCAAGAGGCUGAAGACAAGCUGUGCAGUCACCGGUCCCUUGUAUCACUGGUGACUGGUUUCCAAGAGAAGCUGAGCGGUUUAGAGGAACAAGCUGCUCAGCUGGAGCUGGUGGGCAGCGAUGCCAGCAAGGCCACCAUCAGCCGCUCCAUGACCACCGUGUGGCAGCGCUGGACACGACUACGCAGUGUGGCAAGGGGACAGGAGAGAGUACUCGAGGACACAUCACAGGAAUGGAGGACUUUCACAGAGAAGAUGGUGAAGGUUAGAGCAGUCUCUGAUGAGCUCCAGAGCCGUUUCCCGGACAGUGCUGUGGAGAAGGCCUCCAAAGCCACUCUGCAGUCUCUGUUGGACCAGCAUGACCUGCUGAGCCAAGACUUGGAGCGGGAACUCUCCGCCCUCACACUGCUGCGCCAGUACGCCCUGAGCCUGCUGCACGAUGUGGAAGUGCCUUCACCAACAAAUGAGCAGGAUGAGCUGCCCAGCCUGAAGGAGAUCAGAGCUGUACAAGACCAAAUGGAAAGCCUUUUGACUCAGUCCAGGACCAAGCGAGCUCAGACAGCUCAGGAAUUGAGGGACAGAGAAGAAGUGGAGAAGGAGCUUAGUGUUGUAAAAGCCUGGAUCCAGGAGACCAGAGAGCUUCUACUAAAUCCCACACCAGACAUCGAUUCUCUAUUGCAGGAGCUUGAGGUUGUACAUGGAGAUGUUAUCACAUAUCGUCAGAAUGUGGAGAAAUUAGCAGAGCAACAGCAGAGCAAGUACCUGGACCUUUACACUAUACUCCCCUCUGAAAUCUCCAUGCAACUGGCCGAGGUGUCACUCGCAUUGGGUGCUAUUGAGGAUCAGGUUCUCUCCAAAGAGAGAGAAAACCAGAAAACCAGAGAAAUAAAGGAGGACUUCAGCUCCAGAAUCCACGACAUGUCCGAGAAACUCAAAGCCAUCUCCAAUAAAUUUAAGGAAAAGUCUCCCGAUGUUGACCAUGCCAAAGAAGAGGUCAAGAGCUUGUUUGAGGAUUUGGACUCCUGCGGUCGCACUCUGUCAGAGCUGGAUGCAUCUGUUCAAGAGUUCGGGCGCAGGAACCCCCUGCUGGCUAAACAGCUAAGUGAUGCCAUCAGCAAACUAUCAGAGAUGCAUCACCACACAACACGACUGGCAGACUGUAGGAACAACUGGCUCAAAAAGGCUGUCUGCUAUUUAGAUGAGUAUAAUGAGAUGCUGGACUUCAUCUUGAGGUGGUCGGAGAAAGCCAAAAGCCUGGUGAGGGCAAACAUCAUCUGGAACUCUUCAGUUCAUCUGCAGGAGCAAAUUCGGAUGUAUCAGGCUGUCCUGCGUGAAUCUCGAGAGCUCCACGGAGACCUUGAAUCCAUGGCAGAGAAAGUAGAGCUUCUGUCCGAGGUGCUGCAGGUCGAGUCUAUGAGCCAGCAGGUUUGUGAACUCAGUCGACACACUGAGGAGCUUCAGCAAAGCAUCAAGACACGGCUGCAGAGCCUUCAGGAUGCAGACAAGAGUAUGGAAGCCCUCGAGUAUGAAGUUAAGGCCCUACAUGUUGCUCUGGAGCAGGUCCAAGCCACACUAACCUCACCAGAGCUGGCCCGCCAGAGCCUCAAAGAACAGCUGGCUCAGAGACAGCGUCUGUUGGCAGAUAUGGAGAGCUUCAAGCAGCAGGUGCAGGCAGUGCAGCUGUGUCAGAGUGCUCUCCAGGUCCCAGAGGAGGUGAUGCCCAACCUUGCCAUCUGUCGCACAGCUCUGCGUCUGCAGCAAGAAGCCAGCCAGUUGCAGCACGUUGCCAUUCAGCAGUGCAACAUCCUGCAGGAGGCGGUGGUGCAGUACGAGCAGUAUGAACACGAAGUGAGAGACCUCCAGGGCCUGAUAGAGGAAGCACAUCGGGUCAUUCAGGACCGACCCAUUCCCAGCAGCGACAUCCAGGAGCUGCAGGCCCAGAUCCUUCACCACGAAGAGCUUGCCCAAAAGAUCAAAGGCUACCAGGAGCAAAUUGCCUCACUAAAUUCAAAAUGCAAAAUGCUGGCAGUGAAGGCGAAGCAUGCCACCAUGCUGCUAACAGUGAGCGAUGUAGAGGGGCUGCCUGAGGGGCUGCAGGAGAUGGAGGCGGAGAAAUCCAAGAAAUCUUCAGCACAAGCCAUCAUGAUGACGGCUGGUCGCUGUCACACUCUGCUGUCGCCUGUAACUGAGGAGUCUGGCGAGGAGGGAACUAACAGCGAGGUCUCAUCUCCUCCUGUGUGUCGUUCUCCUUCUCCUAUCACUCACACUGAAGUUACUAUAACCAAGAUGGGACGAGGAACUCUUACAAGAGCUCCAAUCCAGGAAUUAUAUGACCCCACAUUUGAGUCUGUGGCCAACUUAGAUGAUCUGCAGCGCUCAUGGGAGACUUUAAAGAAUGUGAUCAGUGAGAAGCAGAGAUCUCUGUAUGAAGCUCUGGAAAAGCAGCAACAUUAUCAGGGUUCGCUGCAGUCAAUUUCUUCUAAGAUGGAGGCUUUGGAGGCCAAACUCAGUGAGCCUCUGGAGGCUGAUAAAAGUCCAGAUAGUCACAUAAAGGCACAUGAGGGUCUGAUUGAAGAGAUUCAGAGUGUGCAGGAAGAAAUAAACAGGCUGCAGACAAGCUUCACCGAGGAUCUCGCUGCUGAUGCUGUGGAGUCGGACAUGGCCGACCAGCUGGCCAUGCAGUCCUCCCUCGCUGUGUUAGCUGAGAGGAUGGCCACCAUCCACAUGAAGGCAACAGGGAAACAACAACUAUUGGAGGAGCGUGUCAGUGACCGUCUGGAGGGUCAGCGUCAGGAACAGGCCAUACAGCUCUAUCACACCCAGGCAGAUGAACUGGACCAGUGGCUGGCCAGAAUGCGCAGCGCUGUAACCUUCAUCCUUGAACCUCAACCGGUAGAGGAGAGUGAUAUGGAGGAUCAGCUGACUGAAUGUCAAAACAUGCUGCUGGAGAUUGAAGAGAAGGUGUCAGCCCUCUCAGAGCUGUCAAUGCACAGCGAGAACCUGCUGCUGGAGGGCAGGACGGACACCAGAGAGGAAGCUGAGCAUUUGGCCAGGAAGCUACGGACACUGAAGGGUGGUUUGUUGGAGCUGCAGAAGAUGCUACAAGACAAACAGAUUAACAUCCAGGGCUCUCUGCAGGAGCAGGAAGACAGUGAAUCAGACUCCAGCCUCUCUCAGAGUCCCAGUGUACAGGACUGGCUGGCCCAGGCCAGGACCACACGAACCCAGCAGCACCAAGACAGUGUUCAGAGACAGAGGGAACUGGAGGAGCAGCUCGCAGAGCAGAAAAAACUGCUUCAGUCAGUUGCUAGCAGAGGAGAGGAGAUCCUCAUCCAGCAGGCCUCACCCAGCAGUGCCAGUACAGCGGAGCCAUUUUCACCAGCGGCUUUGGCUGAGAGGGAAACUCAGGCUGGACGGGAGCAGAUGAGGCAGAGAUGGGAGAGUUUGAGACUGGAGCUCAAAACUAAACUGCAGCUCCUGCAGAAAACCCUGGAGCAGGACCACAAGCAGCCGGUGUUUUCAAGAGCUCCUCGUGUGACCACAGCUGGGCCUUUGUUUAAAGGCGAGACACAGGCUGACAAAUCCUCCCUGAAGACUCUGUAUGACAACUUCAGACAGACAGUAGAAGACAUGGCCACUCAGUCUGGUGGUGGUGGUGAGACACAGGUGCCGCAGAUGGAACAGAAGCUCUUCACAGCUGUGUCAUCCACCUCCUCCUGGCUGGAUGGUGUUGAGAACAACGUCUUCUCUGGCUCAGUGCUGCUGGCGGAAAAUGCAGAGACUCAGCUGCAAAAGCAGGAGACCCUGGAGAGCGAUGUGAGACAUGUGACGGAGGAGGUGAAGCUCAGCCAGAGUCUGCUCGCUGGAUCUUCAGGGAUGAGGCAUGAAGACCGAGCGCUGCUGGAAGACAACCUCCACUGCCUGAAAGAGAGAUUAGGAGCUCUGGGUUGUGCUCUGGGACAACGCUGUGACCACAUGAGGACCAGAACGCAUGAACUCACAGCCUACCAGACUGAAUUGCAGCUUCUCCAAACUGCUUUAAUUGAGACCAAAUGCCAGAUCCUGCAAGCCCUAGCUGGAGCAAUGGAUAGACCAGCCUCCAAACAACUGGAGGUCAUUGCCAGUGCAGAGGAGAGCCUGAAAGACUUUGAACAGAGAAUCACAGAGCUUAAAACCAGAGGAGCAGCUCUACAGGCAGAUCAGAUAUCAACAAACAAACUGCUGAAACUACAGGACUCUUAUGAGGAGCUGGUGAUGACGGUGGGUUCCCGGCGCAGUGGGCUGAACCAGAACAUGGCUCUGAAGGAGCAGUAUGAACGCGCUCUGCAGGACCUGGCUGACCUGGUGGACACAGCGAAGGACAAGAUGGCUGCAGAUCAGAGAAUUAUUGCCAGCUCUGUGGAGGAAGUCCAGCAUCACCUGGACAAACAUAAGGAGUUCUUCCAGGGUCUAGAGUCCCACAUGAUUCUAACAGAGACUUACUUCAGGAAGAUCAGUGGCCUGAUGCUUCCCAAAGAGAGCCAAGCUUUGGAGGAGACGCUAGCUGAAGCUCAGAGUGUCCUGAAACAGGCACACAGUAAAGGAGUGGAGCUGGAGUGUAUCCUGGAGACUUGGUGCCGUUUGAUACAGGACUACCAGAGCCUGAACCGACACCUGGACACAGUUGAAGGAAGUAUUCCAUCUGCCGGCUUAGUGGAAGAAACUGAAGAACGGCUUCUGGACAGAAUCUCCUUGUAUCAGGGUCUGAAGGGGAGACUGACAGAACACCAGCAUAAGCUCUACCAGGUGCUAGAUGAAGGCAAACAUCUCCUCCUGUCAGUUUGCUGUCCUGCACUGGAGAAUCAACUGGCUCUGCUGGGAGAACACUGGCUCAACAACACUGCCAAAGUCAACAAGGAACUACAACGCCUUGAGGCCAUCCUAAAACACUGGACCAGGUAUCAAAGGGAGUGUGCAGAGAUCAGUGAAUGGCUGCAGUCUGCGCUGGAGCGUCUGGAAUUUUGGAACACGCAGGCUGUUUUAGUCCCACAGGAGCUGGAGACUGUCAGAGACCAUCUCUCCGCUUUCCUUGAGUUUUCAAAAGAAGUUGAGGGAAAGUCCAGCCUGAAGAGCUCCGUAGUAACCGAGGGCAACCAGCUUCUGCGACUGAAGAAGGUGGACACAGUGGUGCUGCGCUCCGACCUGGCACGCAUCGACACGCAGUGGACUGAGCUGCUCACACGCAUCCCUGUGGUUCAGGAGAAGCUGCAUCAGAUCCAAAUGGAAAAACUGGCCUCCCGUCACGCCAUUUCUGAGCUGUUUAACUGGAUAUCGUUGAUGGAGAAUGUCAUUGAGGAGGAUGAAGAAAACCUCAAGAGUGCUGUCGGCUCAAAUGUGAUUCAAGACUAUUUGCAGAAAUACAAGGGCUUCAGAGUGGAUUUGAGCUGUAAGCAGCUGACUGUGGACUUUGUCAACCAGUCAGUGCUGCAGAUCAGUGGUCAGGAUGUGGAGAGCAAACGCAGUGACAAGACAGACUUUGCUGAGCGCCUGGGAGCCAUGAACCGACGCUGGCAGAUCCUACAAGGCCGCAUCAAUGAGAGGAUCCAGUUCCUGGAGAGCCUGUUGGAGAUGUGGUUAGAGUAUGAGAGCAGCGUUCAGGCCCUGAAGUCUUGGAUGUCGACUCAAGAAGAAAGACUGAAGAGAAAACACCGGAUAGAAGAUCUGACAUCUGUGCAGAAUGCGCUCAAAGACUGCCAGGAAAUGGAGGAGUUGGUAAAAGAAAAAGAGAAAGAACUAGAGAGAGUGGAAGAGCAGGGCUGUGCGCUUGUCCAGAACAAGACUGAUGAGGCCUGUGCUAUCGUCAUGGAGACGCUCCAAGGUGUCAAUCACACCUGGGCGAACCUGGACCACUUGAUCGGGCAACUGAAGAUCAGCCUGAAGUCAGUGCUGGAUCAGUGGAGUCUAUACAAACGGGCUUCAGAAGAGAUCAAUGGCUACCUGAUGGAGGGAAGGUACUCUGUGUCUCGUUUCCGCCUCCUCACAGGAUCCCUGGAGGCUGUUCAGCUGCAAGUGCAAAGUCUGCAGGAUUUGCAAGAGGAAUUGGAGAAACAGGAGAGCAGUCUGAGAAAGUUUGGUGCAAUAACCCACCAACUGCUGAGAGAGUGUCACCCUUCAGUGUCAGAUUCGCUCAACAAUGCUCUGAAGGAUGUUAAUGCAAGGUGGACUGGCUUACUGGAGGAGAUUGCAGAGCGCCUUAGAAGCAGCAAAGCCCUGCUUCAGCUGUGGCAACGCUACAAGGAGCUUUAUGAGCAGAGCUGCAGCAGCAUCCAGCUGCAGGAGGAGAAGGCAGACCAGCUCCUCAAAACCACCUGCAGCAAGGACAUUGCUGACGAGGAAGUGUCCGACUGGAUCCGAGAAUGCAGCGAGUUGCUCCGGUCCCAAGCACCAGUGCAGGCCUCGCUUCAGGUUCUCCAAGAACUGGGAGAGCAGCUGAAACAGCAGGUGGACACGUCAGCAGCGUCUGCUAUCCAGUCAGACCACCUCUCUCUGACCCAGCGGCUUUCUGUGGUGGAACAGGCGCUCACCAGACAGCUCACUGCCCUGCAGACUGGCGUUCAAGACUACGAAACCUUUAAUGAUCAGCUGGAAUCGUUGGGCUGCUGGAUAGUUGAAGCUGAGGAGGCUCUGAAGGUGCAAGAUCCCAACGGCUCCACUGAUCUGACCGUCAUCCAGGACCGCAUGGAGGAGCUCAAGAGGCUCAUGCUGAAAUUCAGCAGUAUGGCCCCUGAAUUAGAGCGCCUCAAUGAGCUCGGUUACCGGCUUCCUCUCAACGAUUCAGAGAUCAAGCGCAUGCAGAAUCUCAAUAGAAGCUGGUCCACAACCUCAGCGCAGACCACUGAGAGAUUCAGCAAACUCCAGUCAUUCCUCCUCCAGCAGCAGACAUUCCUUGAAAAGUGUGAAACAUGGAUGGAGUUCUUGGUCCAGACAGAAGAGAAUCUGGCUGUGGAGAUUUCUGGGAACUACCAGAGUUUGAUGGAGCAGCAAAAAGCCCAUGAGUUAUUCCAAGCCGAGAUGUUCAGUCGCCAGCAGAUCCUUCACUCCAUCAUCAGUGAUGGCCAGAGGAUGUUAGAGCAGGGUCAGGUAGAUGACAGGGAUGAGUUCAACCUGAAGCUGGCUCUCCUGAGUAACCAGUGGCAGGGUGUAGUGCGACGAGCUCAACAGAGGCGAGGAAUCAUCGACGGUCUGAUCCGCCAGUGGCAGCGCUACAGAGAAAUGGUGGAGAAGCUGCGCAAAUGGCUCGUGGAGGUUUCCCAUCCCGCAGAGGCACUUCAGUCAGGAAAUACAGUCCCUCUGCAACAGGCUCGCUCCAUGCUCGAUGCUGUCCAGCUGAAGGAAAAGGUGCUGCAGCGUCAGCAGGGCAGCUACAUCUUAACAGUGGAAGCAGGCAGGCAGCUGCUUCUGUCUGCCGAUACCCGGGCAGAGGUGGCCCUACAGGGAGAGCUGACUGACAUCCAGGAGCGGUGGAAACGGGCCAGCAUCUGCCUGGAAGAACAGAAGAAAGAGCUUGCCACCCUGUUAAAGGACUGGGAGAGAUGUGAGAAAGGGAUCUGCGGAUCACUGGAAAAGCUUCGAGCCUUCAAACGACAACUCUCUCAACCUCUUCCUCAUCACCACGAGGAUCUGCAGGCUGAGCAGAUGCGCUGCAAGGAUCUUGAGAAUACAUUUGAUGGCUGGACUGGUGAUCUGGCUCAUCUGAAUGUACUGAGAGAGUCGCUGUCUUGCUACAUCAGUGCUGAGGACCUUUCUGUGCUGCAGGAGCGCAUUGAGCUGCUGCAUCGACAGUGGGAUGAAAUCUGCCACCAGUUGUCGCUGCGCAGGCAGCAGGUGAGCGAGAAGCUGAAUGAGUGGACUGUAUUCAACGAGAAGUACAAGGAGCUCUGCGAGUGGCUCACUAACAUGGAGAGCAAAGUGUCCCAAAAUGGAGACAUCAGCAUUGAGGAGAUGAUCGAGAAGCUCCGCAAGGACUACCAGGAGGAGAUCACAGUGGCUGAGGACAACAAGCUGCACCUGCAUCAGCUGGGAGAACGCCUGGCCAGAGCCAGUCACCAGAGCAAAGCCAACGAAAUUGAACAAAAGCUCAACAAAGUCAGUGACCGCUGGCAGCAUCUCCUUGAUCUCAUAGGAGCGAGAGUGAAGAAGCUGAGAGAAACUCUGGUAGCCGUCCAACAACUGGAUAAAAACAUGAGCAGUCUGCGCUCCUGGCUCGCUCACAUCGAGACUGAGCUGUCCAAACCCAUCGCCUACGACUCCUGCGACUUCCAGGAGAUUCAGAGGAAGCUCGAUCUGCAGCAGGAGCUUCAGCGUGAUAUAGAGAAGCACAGUACAGGGGUGGCGUCUGUGCUGAAUCUGUGUGAGGUACUUCUGCACGACUGUGACGCCUGCGCCACCGAUGCAGAGUGCGACUCCAUCCAGCAGGCAACUCGUAGCCUUGAUCGCCGCUGGAGGAGCAUCUGUGCCUUGUCUAUGGAGAGGAGACUAAAGAUUGAGGAGACGUGGCGUUUAUGGCAGAAAUUCCUAGAUGAUUUUGCACGUUUUGAGGAGUGGCUGGCCACUUCAGAGAAGACUGCAGCUCUGCCUAACUCCUCCGGUGUGCUCUACACUGUCGCCAAGGAGGAACUGAAGAAAUUUGAGGCCUUCCAGAGACAAGUUCACGAAAGCCUGACCCAGCUAGAGUUAAUCAACAAGCAAUACCGCCGCCUGGCCAGAGAGAACCGCACUGACUCUUCCUGUCGUCUGAGGGAGAUGGCUCAUGACGCCAAUCAGCGAUGGGACAACCUGCAGAAGAGGGUGGCAUCCAUCCUUCGCAGGCUCAAGCACUUUAUUACUCAGAGAGAGGAGUUCGAGACAGCCAGAGACGGCAUUUUGGUUUGGCUGACAGAGAUGGACCUUCAGCUGACCAACAUCGAGCACUUCUCCGAGUGUGACAUUCAAGCCAAGAUCAAACAACUCAGGUCGUUCCAGCAGGAGAUUUCUCUGACAACAGCCAAGAUCGAGCACAUCUUCCACCAGGGUGAGGCGCUGAUAGAGAAGAGCGAACCUCUGGAUGCUGCUGUCAUCGAGGAAGAGCUGGAAGAGCUGCAACGCUACUGCCAGGAGGUUUUUGGUCGAGUGGAGCGCUACUACAAGAAACUCAUUCGCCUUCCUCUUGCAGACGAUGACACCGAAGUGUCGUUCUCGGAUCGUGAGCUGGAGCUGGACGAACCCUGUGAUUUGUCCAGCCUGCCAUGGAGUGAACGUCUGGGGGAUGGCUUCCUGUCACCUCUGCCCUCCUCCGGUCGCUCAGCCUCCCUGGCAGCCCAGCUCCGGACCGAGCGCUCGGGCAGGGACACCCCGGCAAGCGUGGACUCCAUUCCCCUGGAGUGGGACCAUGAUUACGACCUGAGCCGAGGGCUUGAGAGCGCCAGCAGGGCCCUGAGGGAGCAGCAGAGCGAGGAGGGAGACUUCCUCCAUCGUCCUGCCUCAGGCCUGUCAGAUGUAGUGAUCCCAGAGAGCCCUGAGGCCUAUGUUAAACUAACAGAACAAACACUGAGGUCCUCCACUGGGGAGGUCGCCUCUGCAGACUCUCAAAUUCACCCUCUCGAUGUCAGCCGGUUCCACCUACAACAGAUGGACACCAGCCGCAGCCGCACUCCCACCAGCACCGAACUGGACGCCUCAUAUAUGGGAUACAUGCGACUGCUGGGUGAGUGUCGUGGCAGCAUCGACACCGUGAAGAGGAUGGGCUUUGAGCUGAAGGAAGAAGAGGAUACAGUGUCUGGACUGGCAGAUCCCAGUAGCUCAGAAUCCCAGACAUCAGGAGUAAUUGAGCGCUGGGAGCUCCUGCAGGCUCAGGACCUCAGUAAAGAGAUGCGCACGAAGCAGAACCAGCAACAGUGGCAGCAGCUGAACUCUGACCUGAACAAAAUUUGGACUUGGCUGGGAGAAACGGAGGAAGAGCUGGAGCAGCAGCGGAGACUCGACCUGAGCACGGACAUCCAGACGAUUGAGCUGCGCAUCAAAAAGCUCAAGGAACUGCAAAAGGCAUACGACAAGCGCAAGGCUAUUGUGCUUUCCAUCAACCUGUGCAGUGCUGAGUUCCUGCAGACAGACACAGAAGAGUCCAGAGAGCUGCAAGCCAAAUUAAAAGACAUGAACAACCACUGGGACAAACUCGGCAGCUCACUGGAGGAGUGGAGGUCUUCGUUACAGGAAGCUCUCAUGCAAUGCCAAGAUUUCCAUGAGAUGAGCCACGGUCUGCUGCUCUGGCUGGAAAACAUCGAUCGCAGGAGGAAUGAGGUGGUUCCCAUUGACCCGAUCCAGGACAGUGACACUCUCCACGAGCAUCAUAAAACACUUACGCAAAUCCGCCAGGAGCUGCUGGACUCUCAGCUUAAAGUCGCCUCCCUACAAGACAUGUCCCUCCAGUUGCUGGUCAACUCUCAGGGCAGCGACUGCCUGGAGGCCAAAGAGAAGGUUCACGUCAUCGGGAACCGCCUCAAACUGCUGCUAAAGGAAGUGACCCGAGACCUGCGAGAGCUGGCCAAGAUUCUGGACAUCACAAGCAGUCAACAGGAUCUGUCCUCUUGGUCGUCUGCCGAUGAGCUGGACACAUCUGGUUCCCUCAGUCCUGUAUCAGGAAGGAGUACACCGAGUCGGCGACGAUCGCAACGGGGCAAAUGUAGUCUGUCACAGCCUGGACCGUCUGUGAGCAGUCCACACCACAGGUCUCGCAGCGACGUUGGAUCCGCUUCCUCCCCUUCUGACUCGGAGACGCCGUCGGCUCGUAGGUCCUCGUUUCUGUGGCGCGUCCUCUGGGUCGCGCUGCCUCUCCAGCUCUUCCUGCUCCUGCUCGUGGUCUUUGCCUUCCUGCUGCCACUGUCCGAGGAGGACUACUGCUCUCAGUCCAACAACUUUGCUCAUUCCUUCUACCCGAUGCUCAGCUACACCAACGGGCCGCCUCCGGUGUAGGUGGGCCGCUCUGACCACGUUUGACUUCUUGCAUCACCUGGUAUCUUUGAAGUCCUGUUGGGAGCAAAAACUAACCUUGGUCAUCCAUUUGUACUACAAAAAAAAACAAAAAAACAGCUGCCAUCUCCAGUUAAUAUCUUUGUGUGUAGCACAUAGGAUCAAGCAUCUCACUAUGUUACUCUGUGUAAUGCUGUGUCAGUUAAGGAGCAUUUUUUUUUGGUGUGACAAAUCUGGAGAGACUCGGGUUUGUGCCCACAGUGGACAUCAGCUGGAUGAACUGUUCACUCAGUGGUGUGUUGUAUGUCUCUGAAGGGAACCGUCAGUGGAUAACACCAAAGUAAAAAUGCUGAAUUAUAGCCUGUGAAUCUGCUUGUAACCGAAAAAUUUGUAAACAACAACAACAAAAAAAAAAACAUUUAAUAUAUCUUACAUUGCAAUUAUUUUUUUACCUGUAUUUUGGCAUGCAGUUUUAAUCUUUUGCUUUUUAUUUACUUUCAUCCUUCACUGUGUCUGUGGUAAACAAUCCAUUUUUAACUUGAAUUACAUCGAUUCAUGUCCGAGUCAUUUAAGCCAAGUCGAGCGUUUUAAUAUCGAGACACAGUUCAAGAGUUUAAAAUCAGUCAUCCAUGGUCUUUAUACAUUCUGCUGUUUUAUUUUUUAAAAGUAUCGAAUCUGUCUUUAAGAUUGAGAAUUAUGACAUAUAGAAAACUAUUGUAUAUUUUGUAUGAGCGUCGGUUCAGUAUCAAAUGUAUAACAGUCCAAGAUUAUUUAACAUGUGUAUAUAAUGCAAAAAAAUUAAUAUGAGAAAUGUAUGUAUAUGCGACCAUCAGAAACAAUGAAUGCCAAAUCCUCAUUCUGA